GGGGGAGCCGAAUCGUCGUUCUCGCGCGCGGCGGGUCUCCAAUAUUCCGUCGAGCUGGUGGGCAGCCUCCUGACCAAGCAAGCGAACCGAACGGUCUCCGCCUCCGCGGCCACGUACAUGGCGGCCGUGCUCGAGUAUCUCACGGCUGAGGUGCUGGAGCUCGGGGGCAAGGCGGCGCGCGACAACAAGAAGAGCCGCAUCUCGCCGCGGCACAUCUACCUCGCGUGCUCUUUGGACGAGGAACUCAACCGGAUGCUAUUGGGCUCGAGCGCGGCCAUCGCGGGCGGCGGCGAGCUG